CCCUCCCCCUCGCCGCCGCCGCCACUGCUCGCCGCAGCUUCUCCACCAGACGAAGGGAGCCGCGCGCCUCCGAAACCCUAGCCCGCCCCCGCGUCCCCGCGGCCGCCGCCAAAAUGGUGAACGUUCCCAAGACCAAGAAGACCUACUGCAAGAACAAGGAGUGCAGGAAGCACACCCUUCACAAGGUCACUCAGUACAAGAAGGGAAAGGACAGCCUGUCUGCCCAGGGAAAGCGCCGUUAUGACCGUAAGCAGUCAGGAUAUGGUGGUCAGACCAAGCCUGUUUUCCACAAGAAGGCAAAAACCACCAAGAAGAUUGUGCUGAAGCUGCAAUGCCAAAGCUGCAAGCAUUACUCCCAGCACCCCAUCAAGAGGUGCAAGCAUUUCGAAAUUGGUGGGGACAAGAAGGGCAAGGGAACAUCUCUUUUCUAAAUUGCUUGCGACCAACUGGAUACUCUGCGCUUCAUAUUUCGAUGUUUGUAGGAGCUUAAUUUAAGCAGACCUUAAUGUAUUCAAGUAUCAUCUUCUGACGUUUGCUAGGGUUGGCUUUCUGCUGAAUCAAAUUUUUGUUGCUUAGUCUUCGUUGAAUCCAAUGUGAUGGAUGUGUCUAUUUUGCAAUUGCCGUUCUGAUUUUGUGA